GAUAUGGAAUUUUAAACGGAAACUCAAUAUUUAAAGCUUUUAAUAGACUUUCAAAAGGGCAGACAGGCUUUGGACAGACUUGAGCACUGGCCGACGUCGCGAGCGGCAUGCAGCCGCUGGUAACCGCGUGCUGUGCCCUGAUGCCGCUGCUGCUGCUGUGUGUGUUCGCGGUGGUACACCGCCGCAGGAGGACUCGCUUCGUGUCGCUGGUGGACGCAAUUCCGGGCCCACCCUGUUCGCCCGUCGUCGGCAACCUCUUGCAGAUACUGGUGCCCAGGAACAGGCAGGCGGCGGUGCGCGACGGAUGGGUCUCCAAGUACGGCCCCAUCUACCGCACCUGGCUGGGCUCCGUGGCCCAGGUGAACAUCACGCGGCCGGAGCACGCCGAGGUCAUCUUGAGCAGCACAAAAUGUAUGGAGAAGUCCUACGUCUACAAGCUGAUGAGAUCGUGGCUGGGAGAAGGACUACUCACCAGCUCGGGUGACAAGUGGCGCCUGCGCAGGAAGCUGAUCACGCCCACCUUCCACUUCAAGGUGCUGGACUCGUUCGUGGAGGUGUUCGUGGAGAAGAGCCAGCGCCUGCUGCGGCGGCUCGACCGGUUCUCCGGGGGCGAGGCCUUCGACAUCCACCCCUACAUCUCCAGCUGCGCCCUCGACAUCGUGUGCGAGACCGCGAUGGGCACUCCGGUGAACGCACAGCAAGCCGCUGGGAAUCCUUACGUGGCUGCCGUAUACGAGAUGACAGAGCUGGUCAUGGAGCGGUCGAGGAGGCCGUGGCUGUUCUUCUCGCCCGUGUUCCGCCGCUCCAGCCUCGGCCAGAGGACGGCGAAGUGCCUGGCGGUGCUGCACGGCUUCACCGCCGAGGUUAUUCGCGAACGCAAAGCUCUUCGCGCGAAAGAAUCAGAGGGAAAAUCCAGCGGGCAAUUAGAAGAAAAUGCUGUUGGCGAGAAGAAGAGGCCGGCUUUUCUCGACUUGUUGCUGGAUGCUUGUGACAAGGAGAAGCUUCUGACUGACACGGAGAUCAGGGAAGAAGUGGACACCUUCAUGUUUGAGGGGCACGACACGACGACUGCUGCUGUGAGUUGGGCGUUAUUGCUUCUGGGAUCGCACAUGGACGUCCAGGAGCGGGUGUGCAGCGAGCUGGACGCGCAGUUCGGCGACAGCGACCGCCCGCCGACCACGAGGGACCUGCAGGCCCUCAAGUACCUGGAGCAGGUGCUGAAGGAGGCGCUGCGCCUCUACCCCAGCGUGCCCUUCGUCGGCCGCUGCCUCGCCGAGGACACGCGCAUCGGGGACUACCUGGUGCCAGCUGGGUGCAUGGUCAACAUCCACAUAUUCCACAUACACCGGUGCGCAGACCAGUUCCCCCACCCGGAGCGAUUCGAUCCCGACAACUUCCUUCCCGAGAGGGCGAGGACCAGGCAACCCUAUGCCUACAUCCCGUUCAGCGCCGGCCCGCGAAACUGCAUAGGCCAGAAGUUCGCCAUGCUGGAGGAGAAGGUGAUUCUGGCGGCCAUCCUGCGGCGCUACCGGGUCCACUCGCCGCAGCGACCCGAGCAGCUGACGCUGUUGUCCGAGAUGAUCCUGCGGUCCGAGCACGGCAUCCAGCUUCAGAUCGUUCCCCGGCCGAAGGCGGGGCGCCAGUUGAACAAUGGCGACUGCGUAGAAGUGCAACCGUAG